UCUGGCAACCCUGCAUAGCGCUGCAGGGGGCGGGGCUGUGUUGAUGUCUUGCAGAGAAAAACCGACGUGGAUUUAAAAAUAAAAAUAAAAUAAAAAAUGAAAUGAAGUCCAGCACCUGUUAAAACUCACGUAUAAAUAUAUAUUUUUGCGGUAAAGAGCAUAAUUGAGGUCUUAUCUGCUGAGCACACGGCUCUACGUGUAAAGGCACCAUGGGAAACACGAGCAGCGAGAGGUCGGGUGUGGGGCAGGGCGAGAAAGCCAACCGCAGGGACAGCCGUGGGGCUAAAGAAGGGGAUCGGCCCAAAAUCCUCAUGGACAGCCCUGAGGACGCAGAUAUUUUCCAGGGAGAGGAUAUUAAGGCCCCGUUAGAGAAAGAGGAGUUUUUAGCCUGGAGGCAGGACCUCGAGUCUGGUGAUAAGGAGCUCUUGGCACGACCCACAGUGUUUCGUUGGACAGGUGCCGGAAAAGAGGUCUAUCUCUCUGGAUCCUUCGACAACUGGGCAAAUAAAAUUCCUCUAACCAGGAGUCAGAACAAUUUUGUCGCGAUCGUGGACUUGCCUGAAGGUGAACAUCAGUAUAAGUUCUACGUGGACGGACAGUGGACUCACGACCCCUCUGAGCCUGUAGUGACCAAUCAGCUGGGUACGAUCAACAACAUCAUCCAGGUGAAGAAAACCGAUUUUGAGGUGUUCGAUGCUCUCAUGGUGGACUCGCAGAAGUGCUCGGAUAUGUCAGAUCUCUCAAGCUCUCCUCCUGGGCCAUACCAUCAGGAUGCUUACGUACCCAAACAGGAUGAGAAGUUCAAGUCUCCACCCAUCCUCCCUCCUCACCUGUUGCAGGUCAUCCUCAACAAGGACACGGGCAUCUCAUGUGACCCUGCGUUACUUCCUGAACCCAAUCAUGUGAUGCUGAACCACCUGUACGCUCUGUCCAUUAAGGAUGGAGUAAUGGUUCUUAGCGCCACUCAUCGCUAUAAGAAGAAGUACGUCACCACCCUGCUGUAUAAACCCAUCUGACACCAGUGGCAAUUCUUUCUGCUCAUGACCUCUACCACACCUGCCAAGCUUCUAUCCACUCCACUACUGAGAACUAAUGUGUAGUGUAGGUGUCUUUUCCUGUCUGUUUUUUUUUGUUGUUGUUGUUUUGAUUUAAUAUAUGGCACUGGUUGCCAAGAGCUAACCAUUCGGAUGCUGUAAAGUGAAUACAUUAUAUAUUAAAACAUCCAGCUUGGUAUCAAAAGACCAAUAACAUAAGGAGGUGGCAUGGAAGAGACCAAAAAUAUAUGUAGAUUCAGAUAUUUCAAGUAAUAUCUUAAAUAAGGACUAAACACUUGGAUGUGUGAUGUAGCUGAGUUACUGUUACCACGUUGAAGUUGAUUAUUUUCCAGUUACGGCAUGUCUUGAAGUGUUUUAUUCCUCUUAUACCAUUGAGUUUUGCCAAUGAUUACAAAUUUCAUUUUAUUAAAGAAUGACACAUCAUACUUUUUAUCCAUUCGUAGUUACAUUUAAUUUUGUGGAACAUGAUGAAAAACUGCAAAGCGUAAACUCCUCAAUCCUGAAAAUGUCUUUACCUCUGACUGUUACAAAGUGCCAACACUGGAUACUCGUUUUAUGAAUGGUAAAUUUACAGAAAUCUUUACCAUAUCAAUGUUUUUAAAUUCUUUCAUGUGAAGCAUCCACCGUACAAGUCCGUAUUAGAACAAGCAUGUUAAUAUAAACUAAUAUAAACAAUAUAAACAUAAAUAUAAAUCAAAUGUGAUUUGUAGUUGCACUACUGUCAGAGCUGCUAUUAUAGAAAAUUCAUCAACACUUCUGACCAAGCCAGAGUUCAGCAGCGCUGUGGUAUAAUGUAAAAUAUCAGUACUAGAUAAAGGAGACUGAAUCAGUGCUCAGGGGGGGAUAUAUUUGUUGAGACUGUUUGCAAAAUGUUUUCAAAAUGAGGAAAAAAAGAAAAGGGAGGAUAAAGAGUUUGAGAUAUGAGACUUGUUACAGUUUUUAAAAUAUAUUAUCUACAAGAGUAUAUUACUUAAAUCACUGAAUGCAGGUUGUGAUUGUCAAAGAAUGGACCAACUUGUACGUAUAUAAUUUGUACAUUUAAUUUCGUCAUUCAUAUAGUAAAAGCAUUUUGUGGUUUAUAUUGUUAGGGAAUACAUACAUAAUACCUUUAUUCCUGAUACAAGGCAUGAUUUAUUUUGUAUUUUUAUAUGUUCCUCUUGGAAUACCUGACUAAAUGUCUCCAGAAGAAUUUCUCAAUUGCUUAUUUUGUGCAGCAUGAUUGUGUUUUGCUGAAAUUUAAUGUCUACUCUCGAAGUGAAUCGAAACCAGUUGUCAAUAAAACAUAUUUUUUAACACCCUUA